GGAAAACAAAAGAAAGAAAAAAAUCAAAAUUUCAAACUGAGCUGCUGAAUUUCAACACCGGCCCAGUUCUCACGGUCAAAACGUCAAACACCAGGCGGGCGCUUUCGAGUUUGAAGCUUCUCCGCCGCGGGCGCCCAUGGAGGAAACUCAAACUCUACAGAAGCUGUGGGAAGAAGUUCGGGAUCUAAGCCUAGGCACAACCUCUCAAGUCGACCGUCUCCUCUUUCCACCUACGCCUCUUCAUUUCCUCCGCGACUACGUUUCCCCCAACAAGCCUUGCCUCAUCUCCUCCGCCAUCAACCACUGGCCCGCCACCACUCGCUGGCACUCUACCCAGUACCUCCUCGACGCCCUCUCCUCCUCCACCGUUUCCCUCCACCUUACCCCAACCGGCCGAGCUGACUCCGUUACCUCCCUUCCCACCUCCCCUUCUUCCCUCUGCUUCGCCUCAGCCCAUGUCGAGCAGCUCCCUUUCCCUGACGCUCUGUCCAAGGUUCUCCAAUCCGACAACGGUUCCACCAUCGCUUACCUGCAGCAACAGAAUGAUUGCUUCCGUUCGGAGUAUGAGGCUCUCGGUUCGGACUGUGAGCCCCAUUUUUCCUGGGCAUCCGAGGCCCUGGGAUGCCUUCCUGAUGCCGUGAACCUCUGGAUUGGGAAUGAUUUGUCGGAGACAUCGUUCCAUAAAGACCAUUAUGAAAAUCUAUACGCCGUGAUCACUGGGGAGAAGCAUUUUCUGCUUCUUCCUCCCACGGAUUUCCACAGGAUGUAUAUUAGAGAGUAUCCGGCUGCUCAAUACCAUUAUUCCCAGGAGAAGAGGGAGUUCGAGUUGGAAGUUGAGAAACCAAUUAGGCAUGUGCCAUGGUGCAGUGUGAAUCCUUACCCUUCAGAAGAGAAAGAAAAAGCAGAGUUUCCUCUAUAUUUCAAUGGGCCUAAGCCAUUUGAAGUUACAGUAAAGGCUGGAGAGGUUCUUUAUUUGCCAAGUAUGUGGUUUCAUCAUGUUAGACAAAGCCCGGACAGCAGAGGACUCACCAUUGCAGUAAACUACUGGUAUGAUAUGCGGUUCGAUAUCAAAUAUGCUUACUUCAACUUUCUUCAGUCUAUACCUUCCUCAAUACACAACUACCAGGCAUCCUGCAGAAAAGUAUGCACAGAACCAUGUUCUUGCAUUUCGAACGAUGAAUCCAACAUAUCUUCUCCUCUCUUAACAAUAGAUGACACUAAUGAUGGUGAGCAAAUGUAAACUAAACAUGGGUGAUCCUUUGGGGGAUUAUAGGCAAGCAAGAAAGUCAUGCAAAAUAUAUAUCUGUUUAUUUGAAUGCUGAUUUUUCAACAAGUGAUUUUUCAGAUUGUUACACACACACACAAACCAAGGAAUUAUCAAAAUGUGAUGGUUGAGACCUAUCAAAUAGCUAAAUUGAGUAUUUGGUAA